AUGGAUCCCCGCGAUCUCAAACAGGCCGCAAAACUCAUCAAUAACCAGCUAGCGUCACGUGGGCUUCUUCGAGGCGGAAAAUCAAUCCCAUUCCACAAGCCGUCCGAGGAUGACACCACUCCCGCAAAGAUCAUCAACAUCAUCCAUGAGCUCAUUGCUCGGCGAGAUGUGGAGGAGGAGGAGCGGGAGUCGUUGGCGAUGACACUGAGGUCGCUAAGAGCUCAGGAGACGAAGCAGGCAGAAGUUAUUGAAUCUCUGAAGGCAAAAAAUGCAGACCUAGCACGGCGAAACGGACUACUCGAGUCAGCAUCCCGUUCGUUCGACCAUACGCUCAGAACAUCGGAGGCUGCGCAACGGACACUCCGCGAUGAGGCAACCCGAAUAAAGACAGUCCUAGGGCAGGUGCGUACGCAAUGCGCAAACGACAUCCGAAAACGUGAUGUCCAGAUCACGAAGCUGAAGGAACGACUCACGGACACUCGGCCACGGGGACAACGCGCCCAACUUGCCAGCUGCACAAUUAUCAAUCCUGCCAACCUCGAUGCCUCUUCCCGGGCGGAAGAGGAGACGUCCAAUAUUGCACAGGAGACGGCGGACUUCCUUACUAACCUGAGUCAGAAUUUGGCGGACGAAAACGAUAAUCUUAUUGCCCUCGUCCGAACUACCCUCUCUACGCUCAAAGCGAUCCAGGGCCUACCAGAUGAUGAUCAUUUUGCUCAAGAGGAGGACCAGGAUGAGGAGCGGCCGGUGGUGGCCCUGCCGGCUGACUUUGACAAGUUCACGACAGAGUUGGACCAGGUUCUGUUUAGCCUUAAGGAGAUGCUCAAUCAGCCCAACUACGUUCCACUCGAGGACCUGGCCGAGAAGGAAGCCGAGAUUACGAGAUUGGUAGCCAAGAACGAGAUGCUUGAAACAGAGUGGAAGAAAGCUAUCGCUUUAGUCGAUGAGUGGAAUAGGACACUGAGCCGCGGCUUCACCCAAGGAGUUGGCGGGGAGCAACGAGAGAAGGCGCUGGUACAGUCAGAGGACAUAUUAAAGAAUAGCCCAAAGAAGGUUGGCAGCCCAAGGAGAUCGGUCAUGGAAGUCUUCAAGGAAAGAGGCAUGGACGAAGAAGAGUAUGAAGAAGAGGAAGAGAUGAACGAGGGAAUGAGGGCUGUACUGUCAAUGGUACAGGAGGAAGAUGAAGAAGACGAGGAGGAGGAGCAACAGAUGGAACCAGUGGCCGAGGAAGUGGAGGAAGAGGUGCAGGCUGAAGAGGAAGAAGCAGAAGUGGAGGCUGAAAAGGAAAUGGACGAGGAAGUGGACGAAGAAGCGGAGCAUGAACCAGAGCCCGCAGUUGAGGAAAUAGAGCAAGAGGCGCAUGAGGGGCAUGAGGGGCAUGAGGGGCGUGAGGGGCAUGAGGGGCGUGAGGGGCAUGAGGGGCAUGAGGGGCAUGAGGGGCAUGAGGAACAAGAGGAACUAGAGGUCGAACAAACAGAAGACCAGGAAGAAACGGGGAUCUAUCAGCAAACCUCACAAAUUGAGGAGUUCAUCGACGAGGAGGCCACACAAGAGGUGGUCGUAGUCCAAUCCCCCAUCAAGUCUUCAAAGAACCGGUCUAAACGUAGAUCAAGAUCCACGCCUACGCCUACGCUCACGCCCGAACCCCAGCCUACCUCAGCCAGCAAGCGUAAGUCCUCGAAUGCAAAGGACAUCCCCUUCCGUCAGCUCUUUGAAGACAGAGAAAUUGCCACAAAGUCCCCCUCAAUGGUUCCCAAGCCUACAACUAGGAGGAGAGGGUCUACUCUUACAGCCCUUGACGAGCCUGAGGAAAUCGCCGAGGUACCAGCCAAGAAGGGACGAAGAAAGUCACGAAAGGAGGAAGCCACUCUCCCUGAAGAGGAGGUUCCUCCUCUUCCUGCUGUGUCUAAGUCGACAGCCAAAUCCAAGACACCAGCAUUGUCUAAGGCACCGGUAUUAUCCAAGACGCCGGUACUGUCCAAAACACCGGUACUGUCCAAAACACCGGUACUGUCCAAGACCCCAGCAGUGUCCAAGACGCCGUCCAGGAAGAGUCCACGAAAAAAGGCUACACGAGUCACUCCCGAGUUAGAUGCCAGUGCCCGCCAACUUGUGCAGGAGGAAUUGCAGGCUACCCCCGCUCGCGUCCUCGAAAUUAAAAAGAACACCACCAAUAGAAGGACCAGGAGCACGAGUCUAGCUGCAGAGGCAGAGAAAGCGCAGACCGAUGCCGAGGACUCAACCAGCGGCCAGGAUGCCCCCAAAAGUAGAAGCAGAAGGCAGACUAGGAGAACCGUUGCGGAAGAAGUCACGAUGGUAGGAGAGACAACAGAGAUAUCAGCCCUUGAGUCAAUCAUGGUUGAAGACUCGGCUCCAAAAUUGAAGCUGCGACCAAGAGCUUCGAGGAACAGAAAGGAGCCCGAGCCCGAGCCCGAAGUCGAAGAUCUGGAUAUACUGUUGAGCAAAGCCAUCCGCGACGAAUCAGAAGCGCCCGAACCCGCGCCCGAGCCCGUACCAAAGCGGAGCGUCCGAGGAAGAAAGAAGGCUACUGAAGCUGAUACAACGGUCGAAGCCACUAUGCUCGAAGACACCUUCGAAGAAGCCUCCAAGAAGUCUGAUCUCCGGCGCCGCUCCUCACGGCAUAAAAAACCUGCCGAAACUGAGAACAUGCUCGCUGAGCUCAGCGCUCCCGAACCCGUCCACUACCAAGAGAUCCCCAACGCAGUGCAAGUUGUUGCCAUGCGUGACGGUUCAGCAGAGGAGGGAGCGGAGGAGGAGAAGGAAGGAGCAGGAGGGGCGAAGCUGAGCCGGGCGAGAAGAAAGUCGCUGCGGAAUCGUGAUAAAUAUCCCCGUGAUGGUCAAGGAAAUGUAGCCGAGCCGGUGCCUGUACCGGUGGAGGCCUCGCCGAGCGUGCCAAAGAGGAAGAGAAAGAGUACUGCGGACCGCGAAGGGCAGCAGGGACUGAGGACAAGCCCGAGAAAGAGGGUGGCAAGGAGUGUGGAUGUAUAA